AGGGGAUUUAUAAAGGUGAUGGACAUGCCGCCUUAUUCAAGCCAAUGGGAAGUUCUGGUUCCGCGGCUGCGCAAUGACAUCUUCCGGUUCCUGUCCUCGAAAGCAAUGUGUCGUUCCAUACAAAUACGAUUAAUCCAUUCGUCAUGGCGUCUCCUGAAGAAAAAAAGUCCAGCGGAGAAAAGAUGGCUUGUCCGGCAGUCGAACGACCCGUACGUCAAAGCUUCCCACGCCCUCAACUUUCGCUGUAGGAGCGCCUUCAAGUUGCUGGAGGUCGACGACAAAUUCCGUCUCCUUCAGCCGGGAUACUGCGUGGUGGACUGUGGUGCAGCUCCGGGAGCCUGGAGCCAGGUGGCGGUGCACAGGGUCAACUCGGCAGGUACAGAUUCAAAGUUACCCAGUGGGACAGUCGUUGGCAUUGACCUCCUAAACAUGCACCCUCUGGAUGGCGCCCACUUCCUGUCCAGCCACGACGUCGCUGACCCUGCCACGCACGCCAAGCUUUGUGACUUACUCCCUGGCGGCCAGGCUCACCUCCUCCUCAGUGACAUGGCUCCCAACGCCAGCGGCUUCCGGGAACUGGACCACGAGAGACUCAUCACGCUGUGCUUGUCUCUGUUGGACUUAGCCGAAAAGAUCUUGCGGCCUGGAGGUUCUCUUCUGUGCAAGUACUGGGAUGGAUCGUUGGCCCGUAAACUCCAGGAGAGGCUUUUGCUUGUGUUUAGUAACGUACAAAGUUUAAAGCCAAAUGCAAGUCGGAAAGACUCUGCUGAGAGGUAUUUCCUCGCCAGGAACUACAGGAAAGCUGAUGAUAAUAGAUUAUUUUGAUACUUCAGAUGUAAUAUACUUCACUGUAUAUUGUAUUAAAUAAUGAUAAAAAAACAACACACUAAUUGAUUACAAGACACACAAGCAUAAAAGGUUAAUUUAAUCACAAUGUCAACAGUUUGUGGCCAUGUGUUGCUUUUAUGGAACCUGAGGUGCACUUUCUAGCUGUCGUCAAUAGGUGGCACUGUUGAGGCACCGUAAGGGCCUCUUGCACCUUCCUGAAUUGUAUCCCAGCUGCAGCACUGGCUCAGUGAUAUGUAGACCUUUUAUGAGAAGCAUAUGCCUGGAGACUGAGCUCCACUGAACCUCGGAGUUGGCCCACGGUGUUUGUCCUACACUUUUUUUUUUUUUUGCUAUUUGCUUUGUGGAAAGACAUUUACCGGCUCUGCUCAUGCUAGUAAUUAGCACCGGCGGCCAUGUAGAAAUAUCCCACUCUUGUCAUUGAGAGGGGGUGAUGAUGAGGAAGCGCUCGCACACACUGCAUGACUAAUAGGAAGGAAGGAGCUGUGUGACGCUUGGCUCUCAGGCAGGGAAAACAUUAGCGGCCUUUCGACGGCCCACUGCUGUGGAGUUUGCUAUCAUUUUGUUAUUGUAAACCUGAUGUGUUUUAUUGUUUU